GUCGUUCAGCCGUACAGCAAAUGAAUCAAUUGAUAUUUUAUUGUGAUCUAAUGUUAAAACUUAUUUACGCGAAUUAUUUUUGUAGCCUUUCGUAUUUUGUUUAAACCUGAAUUAUUUUCGGUGACAUUUGGUGUUUUAUGUAGCGAACAGUGCUAGUGAUAAUCGCGAUAAGCGAAAUGAUUUUGUCCGUGAUAGUGGUGUGAAUUCGGUGUUUACAUGAUUUCGGUGCGGGUGAUUCGGCCAAGAUGCUGCCCACAGUGGAGGAGAGUCGGGGCUACGACUUCCAAGACCCAGAGAACUCGGAGAAAUGGCGGGGUUUAUUCGUCAACUCACUGCGAAAGGUGUUGGAGUCAGUUCACCCCACACUGACUGCGGAGGAGAGCGCCUUGGAGUUUGUGGAGUCACUAUGUCUACGCCUUCUUGCUAUGCUCUGUGCUGUUCCAUCCCCACUGACUGUUCAAGAUGUAGAGGAAAGGGUGGCCAGAACAUUCCCUACACCUCUGGACCGCUGGGCUCUCAUAGACGCAAAAGAUGUGGCGACCCAGCGGCGACGGAAACUACUUUUGCCUGUGGAUAAAUUACAUCAACUCUUGCAGAAGGAGGUGCUGCUGUAUAAAAUAGACAUGUCUGUGUCUGUGUUUAUGGCGGCCAUCUUGGAGUAUGUCAGCACAGAUAUUCUAAAGCUAGCUGGUACUUUUGUGAAGAAGAUCUCCCAGAAGUCCGGCUAUCAAGGCAUCACCUGCAGAGACAUAAAGACUGCCAUGUGUGCUGAUAAGGUGCUGAUGGAUAUGUUUUAUCAAGAGUCCGAACUAGUGGCCGCUGGGGUACCCGCGUGUGAAAGGGCUUUAUCGUAUGCCGAACUAGUGAGGGACCUUCUAGCAGACGAGAGAACCUUUCUGAGAGAUCUUCAUUUAGCGAUACGAGUGUUCCGUGACGAACUAGACAGAAUAUUGGAGGACGCUCGAGCUCUCACACUCAUUUUCGGCAACAUUGUUGAUAUCUACGAGCUGACUGUUACCCUUUUGGGCAAUUUGGAAGACGCUAUGGAGAUGUCUCAAGACACCAACACUCCGUACAUUGGAAGCUGUUUUGAGGAACUAGCCGAGGUGGAAGAGUUUCGCGCGUACGUCCGUUACGCCAACAUCGUCACACGCAAGGAAUCCCGAGAAGCGCUACAGAAGAUUGUUGACGAUCCUGCGCUAGCGGAGCGUCUCGACACGGGCGGUCACGGGUUCCGGCUAGCCGUCAAGUACUAUCUGCCGCGGCUGCUGCUGGCGCCCUUAGCCCACGUGUUCCUCUACCACAGCUACGUGCUGCAGCUGCUGCAGAUCGCCCCCACCUCCGAUGACAGGGAGAGCUUCAAGCAGGUUGAAUGCAAUCUACAUCCGAUUAAGAAGUUACUAACAAAAGCACUAGGAAAUGGACCAAAACUCGAAGGGGCGGUGCGAGCGGCGUCGCGGGCUCGUCGACAGGCGGCCAUAGACAAGUGCAACGAGCUCGCGCGACUCGUUGACAACUGGGACGCGCGUGAUGUACCGCACUGUUGCAACGAGUUCGUACGCGAGGACACACUAUCCAAGAUCGGCCCAGGGAAACGAAUCGCAGAGCGUCGAGCUUUUUUAUUCGACGGACUACUGCUACUGUGCAAACCCAUUACUAGCUUGGUGGCAGUAAACAGCGCGGCGGGCACGGGCGGCGCUCAGCAGUUGAAACUCAAGGAGAAGUUGCAUAUACGAAAACUGGAGCUAGUAGAUAGACCCGACGCUGACGAGGGCCGUAACCUCAUCGAGCUAUGUCCACGCGUGGGCCCGCCGGUGCUGCUGGCGGCGGCGUCGUGCGCGGAGAAACGCAACUGGAUGAGCGACCUCGUCAUGCUCAAUACCAAACCCAUGCUUGAUAGGAGUUUGGACAGUAUACUGCUGGACCUGGAGCGGCGUCACCCGCUGCAGCUGCCGCCGGUAUCGCUGUACCGGUUCGCGGAGCCCGACUCGCCCGCCAACAUCGUGCUAGAGGAGCGCGCCGGCCCCGCGCCGCUCAUCAAAGGAGCGACGCUGCUGAAACUCGUGGAGCGGCUAACGUACCACAUAUACGCGGACCUCAACCUCGUGCGCACGUUUCUCACCACGUACCGGUCUUUCUGUUCGCCCUCCGAGCUGCUGGAACUGCUCAUAGAACGGUUCCAUAUACCCGAUCCCGCUGAUGUGUAUGAUGCGCCGAGAUCACACCAUAGAAGCAAAACGAAGAAGGAUGCGAGUCCUAACUCCUCCGUAUUGGAGUUAGAUCUGGAUAUAGCUGAGUGUGUGGAGAUCUCUGCUGCGACUGACGCUGAGAAGCUAAGUAAAAACACAGCGAGAGAAGACUGGAAGAGGUACAGAAAGGAGUUUCAACAACCGGUCAAGUUUAGGGUAAUAAAUGUUUUGCGACACUGGGUGGAUCAGCAUUUCUAUGAUUUUGAGCGGGAACCGGCCUUACUAGAAAGACUAAAGGCGUUUCUAGAAUCAGUUGACGGCAAACCUAUGAAGAAAUGGGUGCAGAGCGUGCUCAAGACUGUGCAAAGAAAGAGCGGUGGUGGCGCCGGAGACGCGGAGGGCGUGGCGCACGUGUUCGACCGGCCGCCGCCCGCGCCGCUGCGUCACGUCGCUGACCCCGACCGCUACGGCUGGCACCCGCUCACGCUGCACCCUCUAGAGCUGGCCAGACAACUCACGCUGCUUGAGUUCCAGCUGUAUCGACAGGUGAAGCCAUCUGAGCUGGUGGGAGCAGUGUGGACGAAAAAAGACAAAGAAAAGACUAGUCCAAAUUUAUUGAAGAUGAUCAAGCAUACAACUAAUUUCACGCGAUGGAUGGAGAAGUGGAUAGUGGAGAGCGAGAACCUCGAGGAGCGUGUGGGCGUGGUCUGCCGGCUGGUGGAGCUGGCGUGCUGUCUCCGCGACCUCAACAACUUCAACGGCGUGCUAGCUGUCGCCGCCGCCGCGGGUUCCGCUAGUGUCCACAGACUGAGGUCUACGUUCCAGAUGGUGCCGCCGCGGCUGGCGCGCGCCUUGGAGCAGUUCCACGAGCUGAACUCUGAUCACUUCCGGCGGUACCAGGAGCGCCUGCGCAGCAUCAACCCACCAUGCGUGCCGUUCUUCGGCAUGUACCUAACCAACAUACUCCACAUCGAGGAGGGGAAUCUCGACUACCUACCAAACUCUGAGCUGAUCAACUUCUCUAAGCGGCGGAAAGUGGCGGAGAUCACUGGCGAGAUACAACAGUACCAGAACCAGCCGUACUGCCUCACCGUCGAGCCUCGGACAAGGGCAUUCCUAGAAACUUUGGAUCCAUUCCCCGGCAUGGACGACAAUGACGUCACCAACUAUCUGUACAAGCGCAGCCAGGAGAUCGAGCCGAGAGGCUCUGGCAAGCAGCUACCGAAGUUUCCUCGACGCUACCCCGAAUUGUCUCUAAAACCCGUGAAAGUGUCGCGGCGAGCUCACGACGCGCCCGCUGACGACUGCGUGGCUCAGUUGUCACCGACUAGUGGUGGGGCGUGGGACGGCGCUUCGGUCGUCUCGAUGCCGAUACACCAUGAAGACAACAGUCGCGAGGAGCGUCUAGCUGCCAGUCCCCGUCUGGAGCGGUCGAGCUCCAGUUCGCUGGCUCAGCUGACUCACGCGCCGCCGCCCCCGCUCAGCCUGCUCGACAAGGGACUUGCGCUGUUCGAUAAGAGCAAGUCACUGGCGGCGCUCAACUCUAGGAGUGGUGGUACCCGCGAUGAACCGCCAUCACCCAGAGACAAUCAUUCGCCAAGACAUGACAGGAACUGGUCGACGGGCGGUCGUCGCACGGCGCUGUCUCCGCGCGCGGCUGUGGUUGACGCCGAGCUGUUCUACUCCCGCAGCGCUGACCACCUGGCAGCGAGGCGACAGGAGCCACAGGAGCGAGUGCCGCCUCUUCUGCCGCGCAGCAGCACCGUGGGCGCCGCCGACGUCGACGUGCCACCGAAAGUCCUGCCCAGGCGAUCAGAUACCUCCCUAAACGAACCUCCCGAACCACCUGAUCGGCCCCUGCCCAGUCCGAAACAUCAUGAUCUCUUCAGAAGUCCCGCUCUGUCGCCGAAACGCUCGCCGGCGCCGCUGCCGUCUCACAGCCCCGCACAGCCGGACAGAGCGGCAUUCAGUUUCCCGUCAGCGACAUCACCUUGUUCACACCAAAAUAACUCGGACGGUCCCCCACCUUUACCCCCUCGGAGACGGCGCGACUCCGCAGCGCCGCCGACGCCUCACCUGCAGUCGUGGAGCGAGGGCGGCGCUGGCGGUUCGCCGGCGGGUGCGAGCGUGUCACCUCAAGCGGCGCUGACUCCGCCCCCGCUGCCGCCGCGCCCGCCCCCCGCCCCCGAGCUGCUGCGACCCGCCCACUCCGCGCUGCUGCAGCGACGACAUCAUACCGCCGCGCUUGCGCCGCGUCUGCCGCCGAAGCCGCCGCCGCCGGCCGUGGCGCCGCGCACAUAGCAGCACUCGUCCCGCCCCGCGCCGCCCGCACACUCCGAUAAUACUUAUUCGUACUAAACUCACCGAUUUACAUUGCUAUGAAUAUUUAGUAGCGUCGAAUGUCCGGUCUCGUAGUCUAUAGAAAAUGGCAGAGUAGUUGAUUUAUUGGAAGAUGGUGAACUAAGUAAUUUGGUCGCGUUAUGUCAAACCCAGUUGACUAACAUAAUAUGAAUAGACAUAUCACGACCAAAUGACGUAGGUCCACAAUCUGUCUAUGAAUUAAUUUCUUUGAAGGUGCGUUGACUUUUGCUAUCUCUUUCUCUCUCUCACGACCGACUGACGUUGCUAUUGCGCGGAAUUGAGAUAUAAUAUGUGCGCGGGAGUGAAAGGGAUCGCGGUAGGUCAAUGGACGAAUCUACGUGCUUCACGACUGGACGUUUGCCGUGCAUACGCGAAUUAGCACAAGUUUUUUUACCAGGUCAAAAUUAAAAUUAUACCUAAAAUUCUAAAAAAAUAGCACGAUGGAAUUACACUUCAUACUGUUUUGUAUAUCACCAGAUUAAGGCCAAAUUUGAUCUGAGUAUUAUUGCUCUCUUCACAGUAUACAGCUCUCUUAGUAGUCUGAACCGAUAAAAAAUGUAUAUAACCGUAUCAUUGACGAACUAUAUAAAAAGUAUGCUUGGCUCAGUAAAUAGUUAUGACUAUCAAUAUAGUUUCAUGAAAAGUCGUUGCAUUUUACAUAUUAAGGAUAUAUAACGCGUUGAAACUGUGCCAAGAAAUAAUAUCAAAUGUGAAAAAAAUCUUCAUUUAGACAAGGAAUCGAUUAAAUUCUUUAACUACGUUAAUUUUUAGGUUUCUUUAGUCAUUCCAAAAUAUAUUUUGAUCAUAAUAUGAUCACUCGAAAAUCAUUUGCCAUGUAAGAAUUAUAUCAGAUAUGAGAGAUGUCAUUAAAAUGCAAAGGCGACGAAGAUACUUGACUGAGAUUACAAUACACUUUGAAGUACGAUAUAUAAGGGCUCAAUAAUUGUACUACAAAGUUCGCAAUUGGAAAGAAAAAAAUAACCUGACAGAUACCUUUACGACGAUAGAGGCUCGAAGCGCCUCAGAAUUUGUACCUAACCUGAAAAAUGGCCUAAGAUGAAAUUAUAAAAUGAAUUAAAGAUAUAAAAGUUAUGACAUUGUUGACUUAAUAUUGAGAUUUUUCAUUGUUUAGGUACAGACCCAUAGAACUGUAACUUUAUUUAGUACAAAGCAGCAACGCUGUGACUUCUGAAUUUGACAACACACCUGGGCCCGUACCACGAAACGGUUUUGAGACUCAAACAAUCGCACGAGAAUGUUGUGUCCUACUCUUACAAACGUGAAAUGACGUUGUAAGAGCAAGACGCGGCAUUCUCGUCGGAUUGUUUGA